AUGAAUGUGGAAUCGCUUUUAGGUCUUGCCCAGAGCGCCGUGGACGUUGGCAACAUCAAAGCGGCCUGCGAGUUUUACGAUGUCGCCCUCUCCAAAUCUCCCAACAACGAUGAGGUUCUUGAGGCCUACGCCGAGAUCAUGAUUCACUACGGGCAGGACCUUCCCCGAGCGCAGCAGAUGCUCCGUCACGCCAUUGAGGUGAACCCCAACCAUGGCUAUGUCAAGUACCUGAACCUAGCACAGCUGUGCGAGGCCGAGGAGGCGCUGCAGUGCUACAAAAAGGCGUACGACAUCGCGAGUCUCAUGCUGCACGGCUGCCGGAAGAAGAAGGCGAAGAAGACGCUCAACGAAACCAUGGCGACGAUGUGCUGCGCUUCCGCGGAGCUGUACUUGACGGAUCUCUGCUUCUCUGAAAACGCGGAGCAGAACUGCGAGGAGCUGGUGAACCGCGCGCUGCAGCACAACGCGGACGGCGUCGAGGCGCAUCAGCUGCAGGCAUCGCUGCGCCUCAGCCAAAACCGCCCCGAGGACGCGUUGGCCUCGCUCCGGCAGGCAGUGGACCUCACCCACCGGCUGAGCGAGGAGCACCAGCCGACCUACGAGUCCAAGAUUGAACUGGGCCGACUGCUCAUGCAGGUGAACCCGGAUGAGGCGUUCAAGUACCUCCUUGAGGUGCUGCAACUGGGCGACAACAACCCGUACGUCUGGUUCUUACUGGGCGAGAGCGCGCGCCUACGGAAGCGACUCCACGACUCCGCACGGCUGCUGCGACGCGCGCGCGUGAUGCUUGUAGUGUCCGAAGGCGACGCCACGUCUCUGGCGGAGGUGGAUAACGCAAUUGCGGUCCUCGUUGGCGACAUGGGCGGCCCGGAGGAGGCGGCCAAGGUGCCCGACAUGGACCACCCCAAUCCUAUCGACCUCCUACAGCCCGAAGACGACGAAGGAAACGAGGAGGGAGGCGACGAAGAUGAGCCGGAGCCGUACUGGGAGUCUUGCGAUGACGAGGACGCCUAA